CCAAACUUAAAUCAUAAGUGUAAAAAUCUUUUGUUAUUAACAAAACCCCUUUAGAAAUAUCUUGUGGGAUUCUCAUCUUAAUCUCUCUUCUUUCUAAAGACAGAAGGAGGAAGAGAGAAAACCAAUUCACCAUCCCAUUCAAUUCUAUAAUCAUCCAUACUACUUUUUUUUGUUCAAGGGAACUAAGCUCUUUUUUGUCUUGUUUUCUUACAAGCUCAAAGUAAAAAAUGGUUAAGGAAAGAAGGAACUUGAGUUCUUGGCUUGAGGUGGCUCCUGCCCUCAUUAUUUACCCUCAAAAGACUUCUAACUCCCCUGGUUUGGAGACCAUUGCCGAAGAGAGUGAAGAAUUUGACGACGAAUCUGAUAUUGGAUACUUUUCUUCUCCAACUCUCAACUUUGAAUCUUUGAAAAUGAAGAGUUGUUCACGUUUUUAAAUAAAUAAUUUGGAUAUAAAAGUAAGGUGGUUUUAUAUUUUUUUGUUGUGAUGCACAAAUUAGUGGUGUUAGAAGAAUAUGUUGAAUGUACUUGAUCAACAAGCCUAUAUUGUAAAUUUUGUAAGUAGUUGUCUUUUUUGUUUUUGUUGGUAUGUCAAAUGUUUGAGUCCACUAUUUUUCAAUGAAAAUAUUUGAAAAGAAAA